AGAGGAUUGUUGCUGUCAGAGAGAAGGCUGCUCAUGCUUCUGUUACCUGGACUUUCAUCGCCAUGGACUUAACCGAGGACAGCUCUGUGGGAAUGAUCCUGCGCUGACCCACUUCCUCGCGCGGUUCUGGCUCUCGUCGCCUUUUUUGACUCCUUCUCUCGUUUGCUGCCAGGAGCAGUCAUCCUGAAACAUCAUGUCCGACAAAAUGUCUAGUUUCCUCCAUAUAGGGGACAUUUGUUCCCUGUAUGCAGAGGGCUCCACCAGUGGAUUUAUCAGCACUUUGGGGCUUGUGGAUGACCGCUGUGUGGUACAACCAGAGGCAGGCGACCUCAACAACCCACCCAAGAAAUUCAGAGACUGCCUUUUCAAACUGUGUCCUAUGAACAGAUACUCUGCACAGAAACAGUUCUGGAAGGCAGCUAAACCUGGAGGCAACAGUACCACUGACACCGUCCUCCUCAAUAAACUUCACCAUGCUGCAGAUCUGGAAAAGAAGCAGAAUGAGUCUGAAAACCGCAAGCUCCUGGGAACAGUCAUCCAGUAUGGAAAUGUUAUUCAGCUGCUGCACCUGAAAAGCAAUAAAUACCUGACAGUGAACAAGCGGCUACCUGCCCUGCUGGAGAAGAACGCCAUGAGAGUGACUCUGGACUCUGCUGGAAACGAGGGAUCCUGGUUCUACAUUCAGCCUUUCUACAAGCUCAGAUCCCUGGGAGACAGUGUGGUGAUUGGAGAUAAAGUAGUCCUUAACCCUGUGAAUGCAGGGCAGCCUCUUCAUGCCAGCAGCCACCAGCUGGUUGACAACCCCGGCUGCAACGAGGUUAAUUCUGUGAAUUGCAACACGAGUUGGAAAGUUGUCCUUUUCAUGAAAUGGAGUGACAACAAGGAAACGAUCCUCAAGGGGGGCGAUGUGGUGCGGUUGUUCCAUGCAGAGCAGGAAAAGUUUCUCACAUGUGACGACCACAGGAAGAAGCAGUAUGUUUUUCUACGAACGACCGGCCGGCAGUCCGCCACUUCAGCUACCAGCAGCAAAGCACUGUGGGAAGUGGAGGUGGUGCACCAUGAUCCGUGCAGAGGAGGUGCAGGCUACUGGAACAGCCUGUUCAGGUUUAAACAUUUGGCCACAGGUUGUUAUUUGGCUGCUGAGGUGGGUGAGGUGAAUCCAGACUUUGAGGAGGAAAAUGCUGAACAGAGGUCCUCUGUGGUGGACUUUACACCCUUUAAUUUCCAGCUGGAUGGAGAUAAUGAAGCUCUACGAGGCCGUCUUCGGACCCCACAGGAGAAAAUCAUGUACACACUGGUGCCUGUUCCUGAUGGUAUGGACAUCUCAUCCAUCUUUGAGCUGGACCCCACCACUCUGAGAGGCGGGGACUCCAUGGUGCCCAGGAGCUCGUAUGUCAGGCUGAGACACCUGUGCACCAACACAUGGGUUCAUAGCACCAACAACCCCAUUGACAAAGAAGAGGAGAAGCCGGUUAUGCUGCAGAUUGGAACAUCUGCCGUUAAAGAAGACAAGGAGGCCUUCGCCAUCGUCCCGGUGCCACCAGCAGAAGUGCGUGAUUUAGACUUUGCUAAUGAUGCUAGUAAAGUGUUAGCAUCCAUUGCUGGCAAACUGGAAAAGGGUACCAUCACACAAAAUGAAAGGAGGUUUGUGACCAAGCUUCUGGAAGAUUUAGUUUUCUUUGUGGUAGACAUCCCUAACAGCGGGCAGGAUGUUUUGGAGAUCAUGGUUAACAAACCCAACAGAGAAAGACAGAAACUGAUGAGAGAGCAGAAUAUCCUGAAACAGAUUUUCAAACUUCUGCAAGCACCUUUCACAGACAGCGGCGACGGUCCGAUGCUGCGGCUGGAGGAGCUCGGAGAUCAGCGCCACGCCCCUUUUAGGCACAUCUGCAGGCUUUGCUACAGAGUUCUCCGCCAUUCUCAGCAGGAUUACAGGAAGAACCAGGAAUAUAUAGCCAAGCAGUUUCGCUUCAUGCAGAAGCAGAUAGGAUACGAUGUGUUGGCGGAGGACACAAUAACGGCUCUUCUGCACAACAACAGGAAGCUGCUGGAAAAACACAUCACUGCUGCGGAGAUAGACACCUUUGUAACUCUAGUGAGGAAGAACCGGGAGCCGAGGUUUCUGGACUACCUGUCAGAUCUGUGUGUGUCCAUGAAUAAAUCCAUACCUGUGACCCAGGAGCUCAUCUGUAAUGCAGUGCUGGACUCCAGCAAUGCCGACAUCCUCAUUGAAACCAAGUUGGUCCUGUCAAGGUUUGAGAUUGAGGUGAUGACAAACGGGGAGGCCCCGGUAGAGGCGGAAGAUGAAGAGGAGGUGUGGUUAUUCUGGAAAGACAACUGCAAGGAGGUGCGGAGCAAGAGCGUCCGGGAGUUGGCACAGGAUGCAAAGGAGGGCCAGAAAGAGGACCAAGACGUGGUCAGCUACUACAGGUGCCAGCUGAAUCUCUUUGCCCGGAUGUGUCUGGACCGUCAGUACCUUGCCAUCAACAAGAUCUCUGGUCAGCUGGACGUGGAUUUGAUCCUGCGCUGCAUGUCUGACGAGGACUUGCCCUUUGACCUACGAGCAUCUUUCUGCCGUUUGAUGCUGCACAUGCACGUGGACCGUGACCCUCAGGAGCAGGUCACACCUGUCAAGUACGCCCGUCUGUGGUCGGAAAUUCCCUCCAAAAUCGCUAUAGAUGACUACGACAGUGAUGGAACCACCCGAGACGAGAUCAAGGAGCGCUUCUGCCUCACCAUGGAUUUUGUGGAGAACUACCUGCGAGAGGUGGUGUCACAGAACGUCCCCUUCUCUGACAAGGAGAAAAACAAGCUCACCUUUGAGGUAGUGAACCUAGCCAGGAACCUGAUCUACUUCGGUUUCUAUAACUUCAGUGACCUGCUGCGCCUCACAAAGAUCCUACUAAACAUUUUAGACUGUGUGCACAUCAGCACCGUUUACCCCAUUAACAAGAUCGAGAAGGGGGAUGAGAACAAAGCUGGCAGUAAUGUAAUGAAGUCGAUUCAUGGAGUUGGGGAGCUGAUGACACAGGUGGUGCUGCGAGGAGGCGGUUUGCUGCCUACCACGCCAACUCAUCAGCCUGAGGGCGAUGUGGUGAAAACACAGACUGAACCAGAGAGAGAAGACAUCAUGGUCAUGGACACAAAGCUGAAAAUCAUUGAGAUUCUGCAGUUCAUUUUGAAUGUGCGGCUGGACUACAGGAUAUCCUGCCUGCUCUGUAUUUUUAAACGUGAGUUUGAUGAAAACAACCCACAAGGAGAAAACCCAGCCAAUCAGAAUGGAACAAACAACAUCACAGGUCAGAUGCCAGGAAAUUUUGACUUUGAGAACAUUGAGGAGCAGGCCGAGGGGAUCUUUGGAGGAAGUGAGGAGAACACUCCACUAGACCUGGAUGACCAUGGUGGCCGCACUUUCUUAAGGGUCCUGCUGCACCUGACCAUGCAUGACUACCCGCCCCUCGUGUCUGGAGCGCUUCACCUGCUCUUCAGACACUUCAGCCAGAGACAGGAAGUCCUCAUGGCCUUCAAGCAAGUCCAGCUGCUGGUGACCAGUCAGGAUGUUGACAACUACAAGCAGAUCAAGUCAGAUCUGGACCAGCUGCGUUCUAUAGUAGAGAAGUCUGAGCUGUGGGUUUACAAGAGGCAGGGAGAGGAUGGGAUGGAUGGGGAAGGACCCUCAGAGUCUGACAGCAAGAAGAAGGGAGAGUUGGUUGGUCCAGAUAAGAAGAAGACAGAAAGCACCAGCAGUUACAACUACAGAGUGGUUAAAGAGAUCCUGGUGCGCCUCAGUAAGCUGUGUGUCCAGGAGGGAAGCUCAGGAAAGAAGAGCAAGAAACAGCAGCAGAGGCUGCUGAGGAACAUGGGAGCUCACAGUGUGGUGCUGGAGCUCCUACAGAUCCCCUAUGAGAAGGGAGAGGAUGUUCAAAUGCAGGAGAUCAUGAAACUGGCUCACGAGUUUCUGCAGAACUUCUGUGCAGGGAACCAACAGAACCAGGCUCUUCUUCACAAGCAUAUCAACUUAUUCCUUAAUCCAGGCAUCCUGGAGGCUGUCACCAUGCAGCACAUCUUCAUGAAUAAUUUCCAGCUGUGCAGUGAGAUCAACGAGCGUGUUGUUCAGCACUUCGUCCACUGUACUGAGACACAUGGACGGCAUGUCCAGUACCUUCGAUUUCUGCAGACUAUUGUUAAAGCUGAGAACAAGUUCAUCAAAAAGUGUCAGGAUAUUGUCAUGGCGGAGCUGGUGAACUCUGGUGAAGAUGUCCUGGUCUUCUACAAUGACCGAGCCUCCUUCCAGACCCUGGUCCAGAUGAUGCGCUCAGAGAGGGACCGCAUGGAUGAAAACAGCCCUCUGAUGUAUCACAUCCACCUGGUGGAGCUGCUGGCCGUCUGCACCGAGGGCAAGAACGUCUACACGGAAAUCAAGUGCAACUCCUUGUUACCCCUGGAUGACAUUGUGCGGGUUGUCACCCAUGAAGACUGCAUCCCUGAGGUGAAGAUAGCUUAUAUCAACUUCCUAAACCACUGUUAUGUGGACACAGAGGUGGAGAUGAAGGAGAUUUAUACAUCCAACCACAUGUGGAAGCUGUUUGAGAACUUCCUGGUGGACAUUUGCAGGGUGUGCAACAACACCAGUGACAGGAAGCAUGCGGACACCAUGCUGGAGCGUUAUGUAACUGAGACAGUCAUGAGUAUCGUCACAUGCUUCUUCAGCUCUCCUUUCUCUGACCAGAGCACAAGCCUGCAGACUCGUCAGCCAGUGUUUGUCCAGCUGCUUCAGGGAGUUUUCAGAGUGUACCACUGUAACUGGCUUAACCCUGUUCAAAAGGCCUCCGUUGAGGCUUGUAUUAAAGUACUCUCAGACGUGGCCAAAAGCAGAGCAAUCGCCAUCCCAGUGGACCUUGACAGUCAGGUCAACAACUUGUUUGUAAAGUCCAAUAACGUUGUUCAGAAGAGCAUCCUCAACUGGAGACUGUCUGCAAAGAACACUUCCAGACGAGACUCCGGUCUGUCGACCUCUAAAGACUACAGGAACAUCAUUGAGAGGCUACAGGACAUCGUAUCUGCACUGGAGGACCGACUGAGGCCUCUGGUCCAAGCUGAGCUCUCAGUGCUGGUGGAUGUUCUGCAUCGCCCAGAGCUGCUCUUCCCUGAGAACACAGAAGCUCGCAAGAAAUGUGAAAGUGGGGGAUUCAUAUCAAAACUGAUCAAACACACCAAACAGCUGUUGGAGGAAAAUGAAGAACGUCUGUGCAUCAAAGUCCUGCAGACACUGAGGGAAAUGAUGACGAAGGACCGAGGCUAUGGGGAAAAGCUGAUUGCCUUUGAUGAUGAAAUGGAUGUGGCUGAGCUGGCACCUCCACCCGAGCCUGAAGUCCCUCCUGAGGAGCUUGAUCCAAACCAGCCUCUGAAGCAAGUGGAGGAUCAGAGGAGGGGCGAGGCUCUGCGGCAGAUUUUGGUCAACCGCUACUACGGGAAUGUCAAGUCUGGCCAGAGAAGGGAGAGCCUCACAAGCUUCAGCAACGGUCCGCUCACGCCUGGAGCUCCGGGAAAAUCCCCCACAGUUGUCAGCUCCGGGGUUGGAGGUCGAGGUGAGCUGAGUUUGGCAGAGGUCCAGUGUCACCUGGAUAAAGAAGGAGCCUCUGAUCUCGUCAUUGACCUGAUCAUGAACGCCACCAGCGAUCGGAUCUUCCAGGAGAGCAUAUUGUUAGCCAUUGCACUGCUGGAGGGUGGAAACACAGUCAUUCAGAGGUCAUUUUAUCAUCGUUUAACGGGGGACAACAAGUCGGAGAAAUUCUUCAAAGUGUUUUAUGAGCGCAUGAAGCUGGCCCAGCAGGAGAUCAAAGCCACUGUGACCGUCAACACAAGUGACCUGGGCAGCAAGAAGAAGGACGAGGAGCCACCUGACAAAGACAUGCCAACACGCAAGAAAGUGAAAGAUUUACCUGUUGUUGCCAUGGUGACUGAGGAGGUGAAGGAGCAGCUUGUGGAGGCCUCAGCCGUCACUAAGAAGGCCUACACAACCUACCGCCGUGAGGCCGAGGCAGAAGAACACCAAGCCACAGCCGACGGUUCUCCGGUUCCGACCGCUGACAAGAGCCAGGACGAAGGCGAGAUGAGCGUCAUCAUCACCAUCAUGCAGCCCAUCUUACGCCUCAUGCAGCUGCUGUGUGAGAACCACAACAGAGAUCUGCAGAACUUUUUACGCAACCAGAAUAACAAGAACAACUAUAAUCUGGUGUGUGAGACUCUUCAGUUCCUGGACUGCAUCUGUGGCAGCACCACAGGAGGACUGGGCCUGCUGGGGCUCUACAUUAAUGAGAAGAACGUUGGACUCAUCAACCAGACUGUGGAAAGCCUUACUGAGUACUGCCAAGGUCCCUGUCAUGAGAACCAGAACUGCAUCGCGACUCAUGAGUGCAACGGCAUUGACAUCAUCAUCGCUCUCAUCCUUAAUGACAUCAACCCCCUUGGAAAGAAGAGGAUGGACCUGGUGCUGGAGCUUAAAAACAAUGCCUCCAAGCUUCUUCUUGCCAUCAUGGAGAGCCGUCACGACAGCGAGAAUGCUGAGAGGAUCCUGUACAACAUGAGGCCUAAAGAACUGGUGGAGGUGAUUAAAAAGGCCUACAUGCAGGGUGAGAUAGAGGUGGAGGAGCCACCGGAGGGUGAGGACGGAGAGGAGGAGCAUUCUGCAUCUCCACGCAAUGUUGGCCAUAACAUCUACAUCUUGGCUCAUCAAUUAGCUCGUCACAACAAGGAACUCCAGGCCAUGUUGAAACCAGGCGGGACGUACGGAGAGGGGGACGAAGCGCUGGAGUUCUACGCCAAACAUACGGCUCAGAUCGAGAUCGUACGGAUGGAUCGCACCAUGGAGCAAAUCGUUUUUCCCGUGCCCAACAUCUGUGAGUUCCUCACCCAAGAGUCCAAGCUGCGAGUCUACUACACCACAGAGCGGGACGAGCAGGGCAGCAAGAUCAAUGACUUCUUCCUGCGCUCUGAGGACCUCUUUAAUGAGAUGAAUUGGCAGAAGAAGCUGCGAGGUACUCAAGAGGCCACUGGUAACACAAACACGGUUCCCUCCCAGCCCAUCCUUUACUGGUGCUCUAGGAACAUGUCGUUCUGGAGCAGCAUCUCCUUCAACCUGGCUGUACUCAUGAACCUCCUGGUGGCCUUCUUCUACCCGCUGGAAGGUGUCCGUGGAGGCACUCUGGAGCCUCAUCUGUCCGCCCUGCUGUGGAUGGCCAUGCUCGUGUCCCUGGCUAUCGUCAUCGUCUUGCCUCAGCCUCACGGUAUCAGGGCGCUGAUCGCCUCCACCAUCCUGCGGCUUAUCUUCUCUGUGGGCUUGGAGCCCACGUUGCUUUUACUGGGCGGUUUUAACUUAUGUAACAAGGUGAUCUUCCUGAUGAGCUUCGUUGGGAACCGAGGAACCUUCACGCGCGGAUACACAGCCAUGAUCUUGGACGUGGAGUUUCUGUACCACCUGCUCUACCUGAUCAUCUGCUCCCUUGGGGUCUUUGUCCAUGUCUUCUUUUACAGCCUGCUACUCUUCGAUCUGGUUUAUCGAGAAGAGACCUUACUGAACGUAAUAAAGAGCGUCACACGCAAUGGUCGUUCCAUUGUUCUGACAGCUGUGCUGGCGCUCAUCCUCGUCUACCUCUUCUCUAUCGUGGGCUACAUCUUCUUCAAGGAUGACUUCAUAUUGGCUGUUGACAGGAUACCCAACAAAACUCUCGCAGAACAUGCCGCCAGCAUGGUGGGAGAGUUGUUUUCUGGAGGAGUUUGUCAGAAAGAAAACGGUGAGAACUGCUCGACCCCGGCUGUGAUGGACGUAACCCCGUCAGUGGUGAUUGAGGACAAAGAGCGAACGUGUGAUUCGUUGCUCAUGUGCAUUGUCACCGUAUUGAGUCACGGCCUCAGGAGUGGAGGAGGUGUCGGGGACGUCCUGAGGAAGCCAUCCAAAGAGGAACCCUUGUUUGCAGCGAGAGUUAUCUACGACCUGCUCUUCUUCUUCAUGGUCAUCAUUAUUGUCCUCAACCUCAUCUUUGGUGUCAUCAUCGACACGUUCGCUGACCUGAGGAGUGAAAAGCAGAAGAAAGAAGAAAUCCUGAAGACGACAUGUUUCAUUUGUGGUCUGGAGAGAGACAAGUUCGACAACAAGACGGUAACUUUUGAAGAACACAUCAAAGUUGAGCACAACAUGUGGCACUACUUGUUCUUCAUAGUCCUGGUGAAGGUGAAGGACUCCACCGAGUACACCGGCCCAGAGAGCUACGUGGCCGAAAUGAUCAGGGAGCACAACUUGGACUGGUUUCCACGGAUGCGGGCCAUGUCGCUGGUCAGCAGCGACGCGGAUGGAGAGCAGAAUGAAAUCAGAAACCUGCAGGAGAAGCUGGAGUCCACCAUGAAACUGGUGACCAACCUCUCGGGCCAGCUGACCGAGCUCAAAGAACAGAUGACAGAGCAGAGGAAGCAGAAGCAGCGGAUCGGCCUGUUGGGACACCCUCAGCACAUGAACGCCAACCCCCAGCAGCCUGCAUAAAGGUCCAGCAGAGACCUGAAGCAGCUCGGCCUCGGCUCGGUGUCUGGACGAAGCGUGCGGUCCUCGCGGCAAGGCUGCACGCCAUGUGUGAUGUAACUUAAAACCGGUAGGGAAACACUGUAAUAUAGGUAGUCAUAAGGCAACGUGUAGCUCUACCCCACGCAGGUGUUGCUGCCGACGGCAACACUCACCCACCUCGUUCGUUCAGCUCCGUUAGAACUGAUGCCAAAUGUUUUCCAUGUAGAAAUAAAUUGGAUUUCUCAACACAUGGCCUUUAAUGGUUGAACUUGAAACAUGUUGACUGGACUGGAGGAAUUUGUUCCUUUUUAUUUAUUGAAGGUUUUCUAUUUAUACUCCUGGCAUCAUGAGCAGUAUUUAAUGUCUUAUUUUUGUACGCUGUGCAAUAUAUCGACUUAAAUAUGCAACUUCACUGGUGUGUAAAUUCAGUUCCGUCUCAUUUAAAGCCCCCGGGCUGUAGUUUGGUCUCCUCUUUAUUGUCUCUAGAUAAAUUAGGAAGUUGUGGGCUUUCUAUUCUUACACAAAAAUAUAGAUAACAUAAUUACUUUAUUCUAUUAUUUCUUGACAAUGCACGUACUUAAGUCAGCUUCACUCAGUAGAGAUAGAAUUGUGUGUGAGAGCAAUAUAAACAGGUCAUUUAUUCCACUUGUGUAAAUCAGAGGCUCAUAUCUCAGUUCUAACUUACAUUUCAGGGGAAAUUAGCUUUCUUAUUUAACUUGGCUGUAAAGGACAAUUAAAUCUGUGUUUUAAACUGUCCUCAGUGUUGUCACGGUUUGCUCAGGAGGUGUGUAAUUUACCCAGUAAUAAACUAGUGUCAUUUCAUUCUUUUCUCUGGACUUUCUCCGUUUGUGCCUGUUUCCAGUCUGCUGAGCCACCUUUAUGUUAAAGUUUAUUCUAACAUUAAAGUUAUUUUCAUUCCAUGGAUAGUUUUUCUUUCUUGGACUAUGUGUACAGUUUGUUGCUUACCUUUGCUUUUGUAUAAUAAAAUAAGAAACUUAUUCAAGAAUGUUAAGAUUAAACAAACCUGAGCAAUGUCCAUUUGUAUAUCAAAGUAGAAUUAUUUAUUAAACUUGAUGUAAUUAA